AUGUUGCUCAGGCAGAGCCCGGUGCAGAGCCCGGUGCAGAGCAGGCAGCCGUGUGGACCAGUGCUCAGACCCAGGAUUAGCUCAGCCUCCCCAGAGCUGGAGACCCUCUCCCCUCCACGUCUCUCGCCUUCGCCACGUGCCCCCCUCGGUGACAUGUACCCCGAAGAGAGCCGGGGGUCUGGAGGGGUAGCCACUGUGGACUUCCUGGAAGGGACGUACGACUAUGCCGCCCCCACCCCUGCCCCGACUCCUCUUUACAGCCACUCCAGCACUGGCUACUACGCCGCUCCUCUGGACGCCCAUGGACCACCCUCAGAUGGCAGUCUUCAGUCCUUGGGCAGCGGGCCGACCAGUCCUCUUGUGUUUGUGCCCUCCAGCCCCCGCCUCAGCCCCUUCAUGCACCCACCCAGCCACCACUAUCUGGAGACCACCUCGACGCCCGUCUACAGAUCCAGCCACCAGCCGGCCUCCAGAGACGAGCCGUGUGUCACCUGUGACGAGGCGUACGGGGCGGGCGAGCUGGGAGCCGGAGCGGCGGCCGGCGGCUUCGAGAUGACCAAAGAGACACGUUUCUGUGCCGUGUGCAGCGACUACGCCUCCGGGUACCACUAUGGGGUGUGGUCCUGUGAGGGCUGCAAGGCCUUCUUCAAGAGGAGCAUCCAGGGUCACAAUGACUACAUGUGCCCAGCGACCAAUCAGUGUACUAUUGACAGGAAUCGGAGGAAGAGCUGCCAGGCCUGCCGUCUGAGGAAGUGCUACGAAGUGGGCAUGAUGAAGGGAGGUGUGCGGAAGGACCGCGGUCGUGUGUUGCGGCGAGACAAACGGCGGACGGGCAUUGCUAAAGACCUGGGGCACAAAACAGCGCCCCCUCAGGAUGGGAGGAAACGUAGCAGUGCUGGUGGCGGCGGCAGGUCUUCAGUGACCAGCAUGGCCCCUGAUCAGGUGCUCCUCCUGCUUCAGGGUGCUGAGCCCCCCAUCCUGUGCUCCCGCCAGAAGCUGAGCCGGCCCUACACCGAGGUCACCAUGAUGACGCUGCUCACCAGCAUGGCCGACAAGGAGCUGGUCCACAUGAUCGCCUGGGCCAAGAAGCUUCCAGGUUUUCUGCAGCUGUCCCUUCAUGACCAGGUGCAGCUGCUGGAGAGCUCGUGGCUGGAGGUGCUGAUGAUCGGGCUCAUCUGGAGGUCCAUCCACUGCCCCGGAAAACUCAUCUUCGCACAGGACCUCAUACUGGACCGGAAUGAAGGCGACUGUGUGGAGGGCAUGGCUGAGAUCUUUGACAUGCUGCUGGCCACCGCUUCACGCUUCCGCAUGCUCAAGCUCAAGCCCGAGGAGUUCGUCUGUCUCAAAGCUAUCAUCUUGCUCAACUCUGGUGCCUUUUCUUUCUGCACUGGCACGAUGGAGCCGCUUCACGACAGCGUGGCCGUUCAGAACAUGCUGGACACCAUCACCGACGCGCUCAUACAUCACAUCAGCCAGUCGGGAUGCUCGGCCCAGCAGCAGGCCAGGCGGCAGGCCCAGCUGCUCCUGCUGCUCUCACACAUCCGGCACAUGAGCAACAAGGGCAUGGAGCACCUCUACAGCAUGAAGUGCAAGAACAAAGUGCCUCUGUACGACCUGCUGCUGGAGAUGCUGGACGCUCAUCGCCUCCACCGUCCAGUCAGACCAGCUCAGGUCUGGUCACAAGCUGACAGAGACCCUCCGUCCACCAGCAGCAGCAGCAGCAGCUCCUCCUCAGCUGGUUCCAGUUCAGGACCUCGAGGCAGCCAUGAAACCCCGGGCAGAGGCCCGUCAGGUCCGAGCGUCCUGCAGUACGGAGGGCCCCGCUCUGACUGCACCCACGUCCUAUGA